CUGAUUAUCAUGAUCAUAAUCACAGCCCUGUAGGAUACAUCCACCUCGUUAUGACCCAUUAAUAAGGCUAUUACAAUAACACACACACACACACACACACACACACACACACACACACACACACACACACACACACACACAGGGCUCCUGUGUGCUUCUCAGUGCUAGAGGCGUCACUACAGACCCUCGUUCGAUUCCAGGCUGUAUCACAACCGGCCGGGAUAGGGUUUGGCCAGGGUUGACCGUAAUUGUAAAAAUAAGAAUUUGUUCUUAAACUGACUUGCCUAGUUAAAUAAAGGUUAUACGCAACACACAAGCGCGAGAGUCACUCGGGAUCUCAUUAACUACCGGGCUCGAGGCACGAGUUCUGUUUCGUUCAUUGAUCCGCGUCUCUUUUAAAAACUCCUUUCUUGCCUGUCAUUCUCACUCACACACACCCGGUCCCGGUCGAUCCUAUCCCACACUAUGUAGACAGGUUCAGAAUCAAAAGAGCGCAUUUCUGAGAAGACGUGGCGUGAACCGGUUUCGUGUUUAUUUCUCUUUCUCGGUUAUGGACUACAUUUGAGAGCGAGAGGACAGGGAGAAAAGAAAGCCUGAACCGAGAAAACAAAUGUCUCGGCUACUCUACAACAACAUCAUGGACUCUGUUCUCCUCUCAGUCGUUACGCUGGUAGUUGUUUUCACCUCCUCUUCCUACUCUCUUUCCUCCUCCGACGUCGUUCCCUCUCCUUCCUUCAAUCUACCGUUUACCGACUGUGUCCAGAGCCGCGGGAGAGACGGGUUCUACCAAGGGUCUGUGGACGUGACGGAGUCCGGUGCGGUGUGUAUGAGGUGGAGCGAGGUAGCGGGGUUUGAGGAGCGCUAUCCGGGUAGAGGGCUUGGGGAUCAUAACCGCUGUCGGAACCCGGACAACAGGAUCAGACCCUGGUGCUUCUUCAGGAACAGCCGCGGCAGAACCGACUGGGGCUACUGCGACUGUAAACAAGGGUCAGUGCGCCUGCAGGGCGGCCGCUCUAAGCUGGAUGGCAGGGUGGAGGUUAUCUAG